AGUACACGUGACGGUGGAACAGUGAAUGAAACCAGUACAAGGUGGAAAAGAAGCGGAUUCGGUAGGGGCGGUAGGGGCGUGGGAACACCGAGUUCUGCACAGGACAUUUCAGGGCUCAGUGAGAAAGCCCUGAGCAAGAUCUGAUAACUCUCUGGGCGGGAACAAAAUGAGGCUUUUUCAAACUUUCUGCGCGGUCCCUAGAGCUCUGGAAUGGGUUUGGGGCCUCUGAGCCAGGGCUGGGUUGCUAACACCCCCACCUGCGUGGCCCUGCGUCCUCUCUUGACCCUGAGCCUGUGCUCACUCCCUCUUCCCAAGCUCGAACGGACCGAGGCGUCCUCUUGGAGAAGGCUUCGUUGUCAAAAGGGCCACGCGUGGGUCGUGCCGGUCACUUCACUGGAUAGACGCCCGACGCUGCCUUUGGGGCGGGGACAGCUCCUGCCGCCCUGUGCCCAGUGCGGCAAUUCCACCCAGAGCUCGCUGGCUACUGGGGUGGUGGAUCUCAGCGCACCGUGUCAGCGAGAGGGAAGUGCAGCCACCUCUCACCCUGCCAUUGGGGUCCUGUUGCCCACGGGCUCCAGCAAGUGAGCGGUGCGCCGGCUGGUGCUCUGUCCCCUUGCCCAGAGGCACAGGCGCUGCGCCCGCCCCGCCCCCCUCCCUCCGGUGGGACGCUUAGGGCAGGGCCUGCAGCUGCUGUGGGUGAGCUGGAACCCUGCAUGGACCGGCAGCCGGCGACCAAGGACAGCUGAGGGCCGCCGAGGGUGCGCACCCAGCCAGGCACUGAGCCCGCUCGCUCGAGUCAAGGACAGAUCUGGUGGGCUGCAGAGACCCGAUCCUGCGGCCCUGAUCCGCGCGAUGCGCUGAGCGCCGGGGGGCCUGGUUGUGGGGCUCUCUGGCGCGCUCUGAGCCCAGCCCAUGGAGCAGGCAGGCACCCGGAGGAGCCUGCGUUUGCUGCGACCGCUGCUACUGCUGCUGCUGCUGCUCUUGCAGGUUGCAGGGCCAGCAGGCACCCUGGCAGAGACCCUGCUGGAAGCGCCCAGGGCAAUGGGCACCAGCUCCAGUCCACCCAGCCCUGCAAGCGUGGUGGCUCCCGGAACGACGCCGUUUGAGGAGAGUCGAUUGCCUGUGUUCACUCUGGAUUACCCGCAUGUGCAGAUCCCCUUCGAGAUCACCCUGUGGAUCCUGCUGGCCUCCCUGGCCAAGAUCGGUUUCCAUCUCUAUCACAAGUUGCCCACAAUUGUGCCUGAGAGCUGCCUUCUCAUAAUGGUUGGACUUCUACUAGGUGGGAUUAUUUUUGGAGUUGAUGAAAAGUCCCCCCCUGCGAUGAAGACGGAUGUAUUUUUCUUAUAUCUCCUCCCACCCAUUGUACUUGAUGCAGGUUAUUUCAUGCCUACUCGCCCAUUCUUUGAGAACAUUGGCACCAUUUUUUGGUAUGCUGUGGUUGGGACACUUUGGAAUUCCAUCGGCAUUGGGGUGUCCUUGUUUGGUAUCUGCCAGAUUGAAGCCUUUGGCCUGAGUGACAUCACUUUGCUCCAGAACCUGCUCUUUGGCAGCUUAAUCUCAGCCGUGGACCCCGUGGCUGUGCUUGCUGUCUUCGAGAACAUUCACGUCAAUGAGCAACUCUACAUCUUGGUCUUUGGAGAGUCCUUGCUGAAUGAUGCAGUGACAGUGGUCCUGUACAACUUGUUCAAGUCUUUCUGCCUGAUGAAAACCAUUGAGACCAUUGACAUAUUUGCUGGGAUCGCCAACUUCUUUGUUGUAGGGAUUGGUGGCAUAUUGAUUGGCAUCUUCCUGGGAUUUAUAGCGGCAUUUACGACUCGGUUUACACAUAACAUACGGGUGAUUGAGCCACUCUUUGUCUUCCUGUACAGUUAUUUGUCCUAUAUUACAGCAGAAAUGUUUCACCUCUCAGGUAUCAUGGCAAUCACUGCUUGUGCAAUGACUAUGAACAAAUAUGUGGAGGAAAAUGUAUCUCAAAAAUCUUACACGACCAUCAAGUAUUUCAUGAAGAUGCUGAGCAGUGUCAGCGAGACCCUGAUCUUCAUCUUCAUGGGCGUAUCCACUGUUGGGAAGAACCAUGAGUGGAACUGGGCCUUUGUCUGCUUCACCCUGGCCUUCUGUCUGAUCUGGCGUGCACUGGGUGUCUUUGUACUAACUCAGGCCAUUAACUGGUUCCGGACGAUUCCCCUGACCUUUAAGGAUCAAUUCAUCAUUGCCUAUGGAGGGCUCCGAGGGGCCAUCUGCUUUGCACUGGUGUUUCUCCUUCCUGCUGCUGUGUUUCCCAGGAAAAAGCUCUUCAUUACGGCUGCAAUUGUUGUCAUAUUCUUUACUGUCUUCAUUCUGGGAAUAACCAUUCGACCACUAGUGGAGUUUCUUGAUGUUAAGAGGGCCAAUAAAAAGCAACAAGCUGUCAGUGAAGAAAUCCACUGUCGGUUUUUUGAUCAUGUGAAGACUGGGAUUGAAGAUGUUUGUGGACAUUGGGGUCACAACUUUUGGAGAGACAAGUUCAAGAAGUUUGAUGACAAAUACCUGCGGAAGCUUUUGAUUCGGGAAAACCAACCCAAAUCAAGCAUUGUGUCCUUAUAUAAAAAGCUUGAAAUAAAGCAUGCCAUUGAGAUGGCAGAGACUGGGAUGAUAAGUGCUGUUCCUUCUUUUGCAUCUUUAAAUGACUGUCGUGAAGAAAAAAUAAGGAAGCUUACACCUGGUGAAAUGGAUGAAAUUCGGGAAAUAUUAUCAAGAAAUCUCUACCAAAUUCGUCAGCGAACGUUGUCAUACAACAGACACAACCUGACGGCUGACACAAGUGAGAGGCAGGCCAAGGAGAUCCUGAUUCGCCGAAGGCACAGUCUGCGAGAGAGCAUCAGGAAGGACAGUAGCUUGCAUUGGGAGCGCAGGGCUUCCACUUCAACCUCCCGAUACUUAUCCUUACCAAAAAAUACAAAGCUUCCAGAAAAGCUACAGAAAAAGAAUAUUUCUAAUGCAGGUGACAACAGCAGCGACUCAGACACAGAUGCCGGGACCACUGUCCUCAAUUUAAAGCCCCGAGCCAGGUGCUUCUUGCCAGACCAGUUCUCAAAGAAAGCCCCCCAGUCCUACAAAAUGGAAUGGAAGAAUGAGGUAGACGAUGAUGCCAGCCCAGGGCAGCCCUGCACACCCCCAGCUCUCCACAGCAAAGAGGGGGCCACCCAGACCCCAGGUGUGCUCCAGCAGCCCCUUCUCUCCAAAGGCCAAUUUGGCCAGGUGCAGGAAGACACUGUGCCUGAAGGUGACCGACCCAAGCCACCCCCCAGGUUGGUCCGAAGGGCAUCAGAGCCUGGAAGCUGGAAAGCCCGCUUUGGGAGUGAGAAAUCAUAAUGGAAAUGGUCAAAGCAGACCUGGAGAGGGGCAGUGACUAACCCAGCAUAGCUGUGGUUAUAAACCUGACACAGGGGAAUCCAUUUCAAACCUUCUAUGUGGCUAAAUCUACUCUUUGGGUGGUGGAGUCACGUCUUUGGUAAUGGGGCAAUUGCUUACCCAAAGAAGAGGAAAAUCAAAGAAAAAAAGACCCAUCAAUCGUCUCUUGACUUGUUGCUAGCAGUUGUAGUUUUUGCAGGCCUAAAGAAAAAAGCAAUGUGUGCCUUUAGAACUUGAAUGACAGAACUUGAAAUUUUUAACACACCCUUGUUGGUGAAAAUUUUAAUAUAUACAUAUGCCUCAAAUUUUAUUUAUGAAAAAAAUAUGUGUAUCUGUGAUCAGUUUUUAACUGAAUGACACUAAAUAUACUCAGAGCAUCUUCCUCAUGCAUAGAAGGCAGCUCCUGGUGGCUGGCGGGCCAUCUGCUAGAGUCCAGGUGUUUCCAGAUCCUGAGCUGAAGAGCAAUAUGGUGGCCUGGCUCCCAGGGUCAGAUCAGAGGUCCCAUUACUCCUAUGGAAUAAUGAAAAUCAGCUGGUUUUUAAUUUGUUCCUCAUUCUACCAAGUGUUGGGGUGACAUAUAGAUUCUAUCACUUCUUCACGUUCAAGUGGUGCAAAGAGAAAGGUUGUGUGGAUGACACCAGUUUGUGAUGUGACAGACUGGGUGGCAGCUUUUGAUAAAGUUCCACUGUGGGGACCUCCUGUGGCAUGUGGGGAGACAGGGUGGCACCUGCUGAAAACAUGUUGGCAGGUGUUACAGUGUGUGAUACUGGGAGGAGAAGGCAGGUUGCCAUUCACACCCAUCUAUGACUACCCACUUCAGAAUUCUUCUGUAGAACAUUCUAGAACUUUGAAUCCAAGUCAGGAUCUAAGCAGACAAGAUUGGAAGUUUGUAUAAACAGUAUUUCAGUGUUCAACAAACUAGUUAGAGUUCAGGUUUUGAAUUUUAUUCAGACAGGAAGCACUCUGGAGAAUGGGCGUUCUAUUAUUUUGCACUAGUCUGUAAAUUUUCUACCCUCCUCCCCAAAUAAAGUGGUAACUCAGUUCUUAUAUAAAAAUGGGUUCUACUCAUCCAAGUACUUUUUACAAGUGCCGCAGAAAGACAAGCUGUGGAACAUAAUCAUUAAAGAUGAUUUGAGUCUCUGUCUCUUAUGCUAUAGAUUUAUUGGCCUGUUAUUUUUUUCUGGAAAAAGAACAAAAACAAACUUUCUUUAAAACUUGACUGGAGCAAGAUUCUAAAUUUCUGGGUUUAGACAUGAAAUUAAGCCACUCAUGUAGUUUCUUGAAUUCACAUUGGAAACACAGCAAAGGACACAAAUGACAACAGUGUAACUAAUG